AUAGUAGAAAAAAGGUUGGAAGAGAAAAAUGAAGUUGUGAAAGGUCAAAAGAAUCCCGGAGGCUCUAUUCUAGGUUUUCUGUGUCGUCCACCGCCACGCCACCCCUCACUCGCAGAUUCAAACGUUUCCGAGGUAGCUCUUGAAGAAGUUGGAUUUUGGGAUGAGGGGAAGAUUCCAAUUCCAUAACCGUUAUUCAUCCCUUUCCUUCUCUGCUUUUGCUAACAAUCUUUUUUUCUUCUUCUUUUUGUAGAAUGGGUGCUGGGCGUGAAGUCUCUAUCUCACUUGAUGGAGUGAGGGACAAAAACCUGAUGCAGCUCAAGAAGCUCAAUCUUGCUCUUUUCCCUGUUCGUUACAAUGACAAAUACUACGCCGAUGCACUCGCUUCUGGCGAGUUUACCAAACUAGCUUACUUUAGUGAUAUUUGUGUUGGAGCAAUUGCAUGCCGGCUGGAAAAGAAGGAAGGUGGGGGGCAAGUUCGGGUUUACAUCAUGACAUUAGGUGUUUUAGCACCUUACCGUGGACUUGGUAUUGGAUCAAAGUUAUUGAAUCAUGUUCUUGAUCUUUGCUCCAAGCAAAACUUUUCGGAGGUUUACUUGCAUGUGCAGACAAACAAUGAAGAUGCUAUAAACUUCUAUAAGAAAUUUGGGUUUGAAAUUACAGAAACAAUCCAGAACUAUUAUACAAACAUUACACCACCAGACUGCUACGUUCUCACGAAGUAUACUGUUCCAAGCACAUCGAAGAAAUAACAUUUCAGCUAGUUAUUUUAAGGGGAAGAGAUAACAGAUUGUUGCAUUGUUUUAUGGGUUUUGCCAUGGAUGUAUGUCACUAGAGUUUUUCAUGUCCAAUGCUAGAUUUUAAACAGUAAAGUUAGCUCAAAAAAGGAGCAAUUGGAGGUCUCUUGGUAAGGUACUAUUAUGCUAUUUUACCCGUUUUAUCUCAUCGUCCCCUAGUCUAAUCAUUUCCAUCAAAAUACUAAAAGACUUGGAAAUCGGUACAAGAAUCUCUAGAAACGAUUAUCCAAGAUGGAGACGCACAGGAUAAACUAAAAAAAAACACUUUAAUAUAGUAGUAAACUCAAUUAGUUUACUUGAAGUUGCAUUUUGUAUUUAGCUCUUGCGCCCUGAAUUUAGACUUUCAUGAUUUGGGGCCAGAAAAUGUCUCGUUAACAAAUUAUCAAUUAUAGGUUAUCAGGGUCUCUUUCUAUGUUGGUUGCUCAGGGAUGUAAGCACAUACAGAUAAUCUGUGAAUGGAAACUAGUCAAAAUUGACUCGUUGAGUUUUGGUUGGA